AUGGGACCUGCUUUACAAGGCGCGACGCGCAGCGCGGUGACGGAGACGCUGGGGGAGCGGAGCACGCGACACGCGGCCGGCACACGCCGGCGCCUCCGGGGAGGGGGGUUACGCAAGUCGCAACAGAGGCGCAUUGUGGGCGUAUCGCCGGGGCGCCAGCGGCUGCUCGAGAGCCCCGGCGGCGGCGGCGGCGGCGGCGGGCCGACGCUGACAGCGCGGCGCAGCGCCCCACGCCACCUCCUGGGUGGCGGCCGGCCGCCGCUGCCGGCUGCUGGAAGCCGUCACUCGCCGCCCCCGCACCCCCGCCACUCAGCCGCGCUUUACGACCCGCCCGCUUCGCUCCUGAGCGACGACGACAAGCGGCCGUUCGUGGAGGAGGCGGAGCGCCUGCGCAUGAUCCACAAGAGGGACCACCCCGACUACAAGUACCAGCCGCGCCGGCGCAAGGGCGGGGCCGCCGGGGGCGGAGGAGGCGCGGCCGGAGGCGGGGGCGGCGCCGGCGACGGCGGGGGCGGCGCGGGCGGCGCCCUGGCGCGCCAGCAGGAGCCGGCCGCCGCGCACGCGCACUCGCACGCCGCCGCGGGGUCGCCGCCGCCGCUGCACGCCGUCUCGCACCAGCACGGAGUCGUCUUCAGCCGCGUGUUCAAGCAGGAGGAGGCUGGCGACGCGGGCUCCAGCAGCAGCCUGUCGCUGACGCCGCCCACCACGCCGGGCAGCGCCGCAGACCGCGACCGCCGCGCCGCCCACGGCUCGCCCAGCCCCACUAGCGGUCUGUGUGCGGAGCCGUCGCAGCUGGUGGCGCCGGCAUACGCGCGCUCGAGCGCCGCCUACCUGGCGGAGCUGCCUCGCUACGGCCUGCUCGACAUCAUCGACGGCGGCGGCCUCGAGCCCGCCGAGUUCGACCAGUACCUCAAGCAGUACUACUACCAGCCGGCCGCCGGCGAGAGCAACAACAACGUCAAGUACCUGCUGGAGGCGGCGGCGGCGGGCGCGGGCGCGGCCGACGUGUCGUACCACGAGCUGCAGCCGGGCAAGCUGGACGCGUACGGCCAGCAGCUGCUGGCGCCGCCGCAGCCGCAGCCGCAGCCUCAGCUGCAGCCGCAGGCGGCGCCGCAGCACGGCGGCUACGGCGCGCAGUACGCGCUGCCCCACUGCCAGUACCUGCCGCAGCGCGCCGCCUACCACGGUCUGCGCGCCGCUGGGAAAGACAAACAGCCGCCGGCCUCCUCGGCGAUCGUGAAAUUCCCACGCGUCGAGCAGCGCGGCGCCGCACUGCAGCGUCGUGUUGCAUCCUCGUCCCGCUGCGGCGAUAACGGGCCCUGGGGGCCUCCACCAGCCGCCAGCUGCCCCGUUCUACACGCCAGCACAACCUGUCCCUCGUCGCCUCGACGAUAA